CCUCACCUGUGGGCACACACGUCAUCCAGUUGAGGCUUGGGUUUUGUCUGACGAGGUCUUGUCGGACAUUUCUCGAGAAUUUUCCGCAAGGUUUCUCGAAUAUGUCGUCCAAGAAGCUGUUUCCAAACGGCGAGGCAGCUCGGGAAGGUUCUGUAGGUCGUCAUGGAAACCGGCGAACCAAUGGAAUCGUCCUGGCGCUGUCAGGACUCGCAGCUGUGGUGAGUGUCGUCACCCUACUGUUCGUCGGGCGGGAGCUUACGUUCCUACGGGCCCAACAAGAAAUACUACGCAGGGUUCUACACGACCAACAAGCAGCAUUGUACGGGGAUCUCCGAGACCAACAAGGAAGAGACCAUGACCAGUUGGUGCUACUGCGCAGCCAGCUUCAGGACCUGAUGCAAGGGAAGCAAGAGCUAGGAGCUAAGACCAGUGAACAACUCUCCCCCGAGGGCCCAGCUAGCUCAACUGAAGACUGGCGACGUGAUGACAGCGCCACCUUUUGGAAAAGUGCGGAGGUGCACCACAGAUCCAAGAGGGAGGCGAUGGCCAACACUGUUCUCUUCCAUGGCAAAUUCGGAGCAGGUCUCGGAUGUCCGUCCGGAGCCCCCGGGAGGGAUGGAAGAGACGGUCUGCAGGGUCCUGCCGGUCCACCCGGACCCCCUGGACAGUGUUGCAUUGAGAGGCCGACUCCCUCCCCAGAGGUGGCCACUACCCCGGGAGCUGUACAAGCGUCAGACUGUGCAGAUCUCUACGCGGCAGGACAGACUACAAGCGGAGUCUACAACAUCAGACUCGGUUCCUCUAACGUGGAGACCUACUGUGACAUGGAUACCGCAGGGGGUGGUUGGACCGUGAUCCAACGGCGGCAGGACGGGUCGGUUCCCUUCAACCGGACCUGGGAGGAGUACAAACACGGGUUUGGGAACAAGAACGGGGAAUACUGGCUUGGGAACGAGAACAUCCACCUCCUGACAAGUCAGAAGAACUACACCCUCAGGGUGGAUCUCGAGGAUUGGGAAGAAGAGACCCGGUACGCAACGUACUCCAGCUUCAGGGUGUCCGGUGAGUCGGACCAGUACCGGCUGCACAUUUCCGGGUAUUCAGGCGACGCGGGAGACUCCAUGGCGGGCGGCCAUACCCUUAACGGGCAGAGGUUCUCCACUGUGGACAGGGACAACGAUGUCCACAGCAGCCUCCACUGCUCUCAGGCGUUAGGACAGGCCGGCUGGUGGUUUGGGAUCUGCAGCUGGUCCAACCUCAACGGCCGCUACCUGCGCAACUGUAAGAGCUCCUGUCCACUCUGGCAAGGUGUGCUGUGGAACACUUGGAUAGACCUGCGUUACUCCCUGAAGUCUGUGUCUAUGAAGAUCAAACCAUAAGCGACACGAGUACGAUAUGCCACUACCGGUGUGAUAUGUGUUGAAUUUCCAAAUCACUAAGAUUUUUUAACAUUGAAUGUUUAAUUAUACCCAAGUUGCAUAAUACGUGGUCGGGCCAUAAACAACAUAUUAUCUGCAUUACCCAUGCGAUAUCUGUUACCAUUUCUAAAUAAAUUGUAAUUUAUAAAAUGGAAUGAAUCUGAUUAUAUCUGAUUUUGCUCAGAAUGACAAUCACACCUGGUUCACAAAUAAAACCCAACCAUGUGUUUCUUAAGCGCGCACGAUGUAACAGUCGACCAUACAAUCAUUCAAGCUAUCAUCAUCAUCAUCUGGUCAAGCUAUCAUACCUGCACUUAACAAGCGUUUGUAAGAUUUUACUGGUAAUUUCUAUUCUAUUUUGUUUUAACCUUUAAGUAGUUGCUUAAAAAUGCCUAAAACAUACUUGUUUUCACUAAUCUGAUGACAACGCUUUCUAUUGAAUUGUAUCUGUACGUUUUGGCAAUUAUACAUGUCAAUACUUGGGUCAGCAAAGGCAGACUAUUAAAAUGGGUGAUGGCUGACGUAAUACUAAAAGUAUAAGUAGAUCAGAAUCUAAGAUAAAAUACAAAUC